GAAGCUGGUAGCCUCAGCUGAAAUUGUAAAAUUAAGUUGGUCGCAUCCUGUUUUUAAUUGUUAUCGAUCGCUUUCAUUUUUAUGUUUGGGUGAGCUCUAAAUACAUACUUUGUCAUCGGCUCGCUUUUUCUCUUGUUCUUCUCUACUUCAGUUCUCUUCGCUCACACUCAUUUAACACUCAAAGUACCUUCUAGUUCAACGGGAACCAUUACACCAACCGACCCUGAAAAGGACAUAUUUCCGCUUUGUAUACGUCGAAAACUCUGACUAAACAAUUUUGUUUUGAUAAGUGGUGUAAAAUAACAAUAUUUUCAGGGCUACAAAAUAGAAAUAAUUCUUCGUACAGUAUAGUGUUGAGUGUUUUAAUGCAUCAACUGCGAAUGGGUGCUCCAUCGACUGGGGCUCUACCUGUAACUUAUCAGCUGUAUUGUUUGUUAUUAUUCUAGUGCAAUUAGCCCAUGUUUGGCAACCGAUUCUACAUGAUUUCACCAAAUUUCCUCUGCUUCUGGGGUAUUUGUUUUUGACUAUCGUCGUAUACACCUGAAAACAAGUAUGGGAGAAGUACCUGAAAAGUCAGAUAAGGAUGUGAAAUCACUUCCACAAUGCAAUAGGCGGAGACAAGAAAUCAUCCACUUAAAAGUCUUGGUGCCAUCGGUAGCAGUCGGAGCUAUUAUUGGCAAAGGAGGAGAGUCCAUUGCAAAGAUACAGAAAGAAACUGGCGCAAGGAUUAAAUUAUCGAAAGUAAAUGAUUUGUAUCCCGGUGAGUCCCUCCAACUUUUUAACUGGUAUAGUUUGACAGGUGUCUUUGUGUUUGUGAUGGUUUUUCAGAUGAACUUUCCCAACCUCCCUAUUUUGGGGGAAUGUUGAAGAAUUUCCCCAGAUCUGGGCAAAUUUCUGGGCUUUUGUGCCCUUUCCCCAUAAUCUCCUCAAAAGUUCCUAUGGUGGCUUCCCCGAAAUAGGGAGAUUGGGUUGUCAUUCGACCACUGUGUGACAAUAAUUCCUUAUUAGUUUAGUUCCUGUCUUAUGGUAUUAUGUAUGCUUCAUGUCCACAGGCUGUUCCACAUCUCAUCACUGAUAAAUUAGUACAGAUAUAUGUGGACAUAGUAGUAAAGUGGGUUUUAUAAAUUCCUGGGCUAUAUACAGCUCAUUAAUGGUGCGUAAACGUAGUUGUAGGAGGCAAAUUGUACAGUUUCCGGAUCAUUAUGGGCUCUGCAUAUGCAAAUCUCUCGGGCAUUUUGAGCCUAUAUAGAUGUUUCAAGCCAUCUUGGCCAUAUGGAUCCUUUACGUUUUCACAUUAUUCUGACCGAUUAAAGUAUAUUUCCUUUUGAAAUAUUAUUUUGUGCAGAGUCACAAUCUGUUUGGUGUGUGCUUACCGUCUAGGUUUUGGCUAUUGUAAACAUUAUUAUGACCAAUAAAACUACUUCUAGUUUUGCUCCAUGUAUUGGUUGUACAUAAUGAUCCUCUGUUUCCUAUUUAGUCAGAUAAAGUAAAAUACAGACACAGAAACUUCACUUGAAUUCAAUAAUGUUUGUUUUCAUUUUCUAAAUAAACCACAAAUUUUAAGUAAGCAAAGCUUCAGGCUGGGGUUCCUUAGUACUUUGUGGAGUGUCCCAUGUUCAUUUGUAGACGGAUUCGGAAAACGCAAUCAUUGGUUAAAAGUCAUCUUAAUUAAACUUGAGUAAUAUUUCCUCGAGUUUUUCGGUAUACUAGUUUCAUUACUCACAUUCUACUUGUCUUAGACACUAUUGGAAUAUUCGGGUUACUCCCUAAUCUGGCACAAAUAUGCAUCUUCGGUUGCCACAUUGUAAUGACCAAAGGAAAAGUAGAAUGUGUAACACAUGAAGCACCAUCUCUGGUUAUUGAAGAGAAGUGUUUCUCCUUGUUUGUAGGGAAAUCACCAAGCUGAUACUUCAAAAUGUACUCUUUUCAGACAAGUCCUGUUCUUUAGAUGAAUUCGGGGGCAUGAAGAGGAAAUUGUUUAGUCGAAAGGGGUGGAUAUGGUAAGCCAUAUUUUUGUAAAGUAGGUGCAAAACGAUAAACAGUGGUACCUAAGAGUCUUUUGUCGAUCAACUUCUACUUUCCCUAAAGUAAGCGUCAAGUUAGGGUAAUUCUUCCUCAAUUUUCGUAAACAAGUAAGUUUAAUCCUUCCUAAUUCCGAGUCAGUUCAAUCGAAAAUGCACUGGUACUAUAUUUUUAAGAUGGAUUCAGUAGUGUUUUUAAAAAUUGCACGAAGUAUCAGAAAACAUCUAACAUGCCGUCAAGUUCUAUACAUUAUGGUGGAUUUAUGAACUUCCGAGCGUACUGUUACCGAUAGACUUUAAAAUAACUUAUUAGACCGGUGGAAAUUGUAAUAAGCAAUCAUGUUGAUAGAAAGAUGCUUGGUAUGGAUAAUUUUCUGAAUAGAUCUAGUAUUUCGCUACUUAAAUGUAAUAUAUGUAUCACUAAAGGAUAAUCCGUAAAGAUAUUUUAUUUACUCAACUUGUCGCAUCCUUUACUAAACGGGUUUUUAAAUGCUAGUGAUGGCAUUCUGCCCCCCCCCCUCAGCUUAUGGUCUGACUCAUAUGUUUCGCUAGACCAUAGUUUUUUAAUGUAAUAAUUAUUUAGAUGAAACGUCCCUCAAAUAAGUUAAAUCUCGGAAAGCCCAUGAUACCAUUCUAGUCGACUUAUUCUGCUUAACUCUAUUAGUAUGAGUGUAAUGAUUAAGGUCGCAUUUGUAAAUGAAUAUGUCUCUAUAUGUUUGAGUUUACAAACCAUAAGAUUGUCAGUUUUAUAGCAACUCCAAGGCUGAUAAAAUUGUUUCAAGUAAAACAUCUAUCGAGUUAUUCUAGUCUCUUUUUAUGUUUAUACAUCCAUUACAAACCCAGUGCUUCGGAUUUCCAUAGUUACUGAAAUACUUAAGCAAUGCAGUGCUAAGUAAGUUUUAAUUGGUUGUGAAAUCUUGAUUAUAGUGUUGCUAUUUUCCACCAACAAUCGAAAUUAUUAAGUCUAGAAACUCCUCUAGAGCAAACGUUUUAAAUCCAUAUUUUUUUCUAACAAAAAUCGUGUUUUUAAACUUUAAGUCAAAAUCUGAUGACGAGUAUACUUAAUAGUUCUUGGGAAAUGCUAAGCGCAAAUUGUCGAAAAGUAAGUGCUGUAGACGAUGAAACGACACAUACUGUUUCAGUGAUCUCUAGCAAAAAAUUCUUACAGUAUCUUUGUUUUAGAGUCUCAGAUGGACACAUAUAAGCGACUAACGGUUUGGCUUACUGACUUAAGUGGCUGAAAUAGCUCACUUUUUACGACUAGCUAGUCAGGCAAUCCAUGAUAUGGAACGUAUUUGGUCUAGAUGAUUGACUAUAAAGAGAUGAACAUUUGUUUUAAUUUAUGUUGAAUUGAGUAGUAUUAUUUGUGCUUGCGGUAGAAUAUAUUUUAACAUCCAACUUUUAGGGACUGAAGAAAGAGUUUGUCUGAUUCAAGGGACCUUAGAGGGUGUAACCCGCAUGCACAAUUACAUUAUGGAUCGUGUUCUGGAAAAACCAGAAUGUUCUGGUACUGCUGCAUCAUGUGUCACCACUAAUACUAUUUCAACUUCGCGUUCUGAAAAUGUUGCUAUCAGUUCUACUACUCAGGGUGACUCGAGUAGCAAUAUGCCACACUUGCAGAAGGGGUCUACUUGGUCUCAUAGCUUAGAACUCUCAGGCAGUCGUUUACCAUGGGGUCGACAUAAACAGGCAAGUUCAUUUCUUCUUAUUUUUGAAUGUGUUUAGCUUUAUCCUAGUCUUACCACUCACUGUUGCCUUUUCAUAGUCUUCAGUGUGUUACUGUUACUGUUUGGAAGUAUCACUAUCAAACAGUAUUGACUUCCAAAUUGUGUAUCGUGAAGCUAAUAUAUCAAUUUUAUUUGCAUAGUGUUAUUUCAGAUUGGACCUGAAAGUGCCUUAGAAAUCCUUAUAUACUUUCCACAGUUCUAUUUUCACUUGUAGUAUUCCCCGAUCGUGGCGGAUGCCUUGGCGCGAUGGCCAAGGAGUCGAGUUAGUUUGGUUCAAACGAUUGUUCUUAAUUUGCCCUAACAUGUCAAACAGUUUGAUUACAUUGUGGUUAAAUCAAAAGCCUCGAGUUAAGUUUUUGGAGGACUAAUUCGUAUUGCUGACUGUAAGGUUUGAAUAGUAAGGAAAUGAUGCGACAUAAGCCACUCACAAAGUCAAAACCGAUUUUAAGCAUAAACUGAAAUAUUGUUUGACCUGGUGACCACGGACAAUGAUAAGCACAGAAACCAUGUAUCUUUCAAUGAUAUUUAUUGACAGUCGUUAGGAGACUGUCGAUCUUGGACUUCGACUAUCCUCUAAUGCAACCACGUGUUUUCUAAGUCAUAUUCGAUUAUCCUCAGGCCUACCCACUUUCCUGAUUUUUCUUAGUUGUGUUUUCAGAAAUGACAAACUUUUCGUCUGUUGGCUUAUGGUGUGAAGAUGACACAGUUUUGUUUGAUGGUGACUGUCUAAAUACAACCUUAUAAAUGCUUUGAGUAGCAGCAAAAAAUUGAGAUGCAUUUCUCUAACUGUAGACUCAAGGUGUUGCUUUAGGAUCCGCAUUAAUUUCUAGUUUAAAAUGGGGGUUCAGUUAAUAAUGGUGCAAGCGUAUAUUGACUAAGGUGGUUGAGACACAAGUAACGUAUGUUUGACCAUCACCUCGAAGCGUAAUGCCCGUUGACACGCGAGUAGCUACAGUUUCCCGUCAACUACCUCCAACCACAACUUGAUUGAUAGAAUCUGAUCAGCACUACGAAGUGCUUAACAUACAUGACAUUAGUCUGUACUUGGUGAUUAACGAGUUUUAAAUACUUCUGAGUCCUACAAGAGAUCAAUCGUAUCCUAUAUAGCUCAGUGGCAGUAUCUGACUGUGAAUUUGGGUGACACGGGGUCGAACCUCCCAGGGACCACCACUCCGCUCAAUAUUACAGGUAAACCUCGCUGAAGAGUACCAGACAACACGAAACUUAGGCUCAGGAUUUCUUGUGGAUUAUCUUCAAUCACCGGAUUGCAUGCUAGUAGCUUUCAAAAUGGCUUAUAAUGGGCAGAUUACUGUAGUAGUCCAUUAAUUUAUUGACUUUCAGUCUGUGGCAUGUCGGUGGACACAUAAUUUUUGAUUAAAAGAUGUUUUAUUGCAGUAAUUUGUAAUAAAAAGUUUACAGAGAGACACUAAUUUUCCUCCUGAAUUUAAGUUUAGUGUUAUUUCAUGUUUUCCAUCCUUCAGUCUCAUUGUUUUGCAUCAUUAACGCGUGAAAAAAGUGUCUCACGGCUGUGUACCUAAAUCAAUACUUCGCAGAUUAGCUGCAUGUUCAUCUGAUUAAUUUACAAAACUACUUCAUUUAUUCGCUAGUUUUACAUGUGUCUUCUUCACAUUAGCACAUUUUCAUCCAUACACCAUCAUAUAUAUAUCCCCUGUGAAAUUAAAUUUUAACCCCUUUUCAAUUAUUUUCGGUUGAAGGUUAAGAUCUUGGUUCCAAACUGCACUGCGGGUCUUGUAAUUGGGAAAUUGGGUAGUUAUGUCCGAGAGAUAAAGGAUAGAACGGGGGCCUUUAUACAGAUUUCACAGAAGUCUGUUGAAAUCAAUUUAUUGGAGCGCUGUAUAACUAUUGCAGGUGAACCAGAGCAGUGUCGUGCAGCUGUAGAUUUAGUUUUAGCCAAAAUAGCCGAGGACCCCCAAUCAGCCAUCUACCCUGCCAUUUCUUACUCACAUGUACGUGGUCCUGUAGCGAGCGCUUAUCCAACUGGAUCUCCUUUUGCAAUUAUGCCAUCUGUUCGAUUCGAUACAAGCCAAGGUUCACACUUACGCUUACCUCCUGGUCGUGGUGCUUCUUGUGGUAACAUCGAAGGAUGGGAUGAUAACGUACCAAGUGGUGUUGGUUUUUCAGCCGUUGCUAAUCCUUUUGGAUCGUCUCUUUUCCAUGCUGCGUUACUCCAGGUCCAAGCCGCGGCUCUGGCGGCAAAUUUAAAUACCACCGGUUACUACCCAACUCUGCCAUCUGUGGAUAUGGCUCCAACUAAUAUGCCCACCUUGUUUACUCAUGGACUAUCUACAAAUAUUGGGUACGUACCACCUGAAGAUGCCACUGUACUACCGCCAGCUUUGCCAGACUAUGGGCAAGGAUUCUGUCCAGCUACACCUACUGGUAAUGUUCCUCUAUUAGGUAGUGGAGGGGGUGCAAGUGGAGGCGGUUCUAAUACCGGCGGAGGGAGUGGCGGACACGGAAGCACUUUAUUGCAAGAGAGUAUUUGGCCCAUUGGUGAUUCUCAAAUCCAGACACCCACAUGUUUUGAUGCAGCUUAUCCGGGACCCUUAAAUUUCGGUUGGUUUCUUUAAACUACUUUGAUCAGUUUGUCAUUUAACAGGAAACAGUCAUUAGAGUUUAUCGGUUGGGGCCCUAUAACCACUUUUCUUUUGAUAAGAAUUAUGUUUCACUGUCAGUAACUAAGUUUGUGAAAACUCCAUUCCUGUAUGCACGAAUCGCUUUUAUGAAGCAUUCUGUAUUAGUGUUAGUUGUCUAAAACUGGAGGUCACCGGGAAUGCAAUUCUAUCAAGACAAGAGCUUACCAUACAUUUGGUAAUGAUCGGGAUGAAUUUGCUGCCGUUGUUAGUAUUUAUAUGACUAAAGAGUCCAUAUGAUACGUCUAUUUUAAAACAUGUUAUACAAUUCGAAAAUUUUACUGCUGCGUAAUUUAUCUCGAUAUUCAUUUCAAAUCUCUAGCACAUAUUUUUUUUCGUAGAUUUUACUCUCCGGAUUUACAAUCAUAUUUCACGCGGGUCAUCCAGAGGGUCUUCACAUAUAGAUAUUAUCAUUAUUAUCUGAUCACCGACAUUUAAUACUCCAUUUACAAUUUGGAGUAUUCCAUUUAUUUUUCGCUAACGUUAGGGUAUGCUCCUUCUUAUGUUGUAUCUCAACUAUUAUCAAAAGUUUUCAAUAUCACCAUAAUAUUUCGUUUCUCAAUUAAGACCUAUAUGUUGUACAGGUAUUGGUUGGAUAAGUACACCAUUAUUAUCGAAGUUUUUAGAUUCAAUAUACUAUGACAAAUAAUUUAUUCAUGCAAUGUGUCUAACAGAAUGGUAAUUAGUAUCGUAAUUAUGUAUAUUUAAAGCAAAACAACAGUAGAUCUUAACACAUAGUUUCGCGGAUUAAGAAGGAAAUUCAGUGUUUGGUUUUUGGUAACAUGGCAGAUUUAGACUUAUAAGUACUUGUGCUACUAAACGAUGCUCCAGGCCUUUUGUGUUUAUGAAUAUCCUUGUAUCUGUUUAGGAAAAUUUCCUUAAGAAGCAAAUUAUUAGACGAUUGCUCAAUUGCAGAACAGUACUAAUUUCUGGGAGCCACGCAUCCACAAGAAAACCUGGUUUUCCUAUCAACGGUUUGGAUUUAAUGAUAAAUUUUCUGACGUACUUUGUUUAAAAAUCCCCAUACAAUAUAUUCAAAAAUGAAGAAUAGUUGAGCGAACAAUUGUUUUCACUAACUUCAUCAGGCUCUACAGUUAAGUCUAUAAUUGUAAUAUUUUACAAAGGCCAAAAAAUAAGGCAUGUAUUAAUGAAUUUGACAAUGAUAUGUGUUAAAAAUGGUGAAUGUUUGCAUUUGUUACGAUAUAUAUACUUCAAAGUUGUAUUAUUUGUAAAUUAGAAAGGUCAUAAUGAUUUACAGUAAAGUGUCCAGUCACAAUAAGUAGGAUAGUAUUAUAGCAAAAAUGAAAAUGCAAAAAAAAUGUGUGAAUAAAAUGCAUAGUAGGAGAAUUUAAUCUUGUCAAUUGAGAUAAUAAUAAUUGUGUUGUGUGAAUAUGAUUUGUAAUAAGGGGAGUGUUAUCAAGUUAAUUAUGAUAAACGAAUUGGGAAUGAUGGAUGUGAAGAUAAAGAUAGAGGUAAUGAAAAAGUAUUGAAUGACCUUUCUAAUUUGCAAAUAAUACAACUUUGAAGUAUAUAUAUCGUAACAAAUGCAAACAUUCACCAUUUUUAACACAUAUCAUUGUCAAAUUCAUUAAUACAUGCCUUAUUUUUUGUCCUUUGUAAAAUGUUAUAAUUAUGGACUUAUAACUGUAGAGCCUGAUGAAGUUAUUGAAAACAAUUGUUCUCUCAAAUAUUCUUCAUUUUUGAGUACUUCUUUUUUAUGAAUAUUUAGUAGUACUGUGAACAUUUCAUGAUUGAGUGCAAUUGUCCCUAGUUAUAUGGAAUGGGAACUAGGUAGUCUCACUAAACACUUGAGAUCAGACAUGUAACAUUUACUAAUCAUGUACAUCUUACAUAUUUUGGUCCUUCACGUUAAAAAAACUUAAAUGCUAAGUUUUUCUCCUGAAAAUAAAUUAUUUUGUUCACAAGUAUCUUUUCGAAAUGCAAUGUGGUAAUCCAUAUGGACCUUUAUUAAUUAAAUGUCUGUCGGGCCUUCAGAAAAUUCUCAUGAUGUAAUGAUCUCAGCUUAGUGACAUCCAUUGUUUUAGACUCAAAUAAUAAUAAACUUAGUACUCUUCGAUCUACGUGGCGAUCGUUAAACUGCAAUUUUGAUACACAGCUUUAUUUGAAACGCAUUUGUUUCUUAGUCUUGUGUUUAGUCAGUCCAGUCUAAAACAUGGACACCAUAAUUUCAAACCGGGUAGUUUAAGGUGAUGCUAGCAACAAACACAUGGUAGAUUUGUAUAUUAAGCUCUUGGUUUCUCAAUCACGAAAUACUGUCUGGCUUUCCAAACCGAAGUAGACUGGGUAGUUCUUACCAGCCACAUUGUGGUUGAUAACAGAGAGCUUUAACCACAAAACUUCCCCAAGAAUUAGUACCCGUAAGCAAUCAUUACAUGGCGACGAAAACGUGUCGGCUUUGUAAGACGUGCAUACUUUCCUAGGACUCUGUUAGAUUUUUAUUAGUAUGGGAAAUUGAUUGUCCCUGUUAAUCAUAAGCAGAAUUAACCUAAUGAUAAUCCCUAAUGCAACUCAAUGAUCAAGUAUAAAGUGACACUAAAAUAUAGGCUACUCUCUAUGUGUAAAGUAUUUUCAAAUUUACUAAAAAAUAAGCUUCUAAACUGUUAAAGACAGGUAUCCUUGGAUUUGCAUACUUGUGGCUUAAUGAUGUAAAUACUGGAUCGAUACAUUCCAGUUUCCGGUAACUGUCAAGGUUUGUGUUAUCGGGUCUGGUAUUUCAAUGAAAUAAGUGUGCAAGCGCGUCUAAUCUUCGACCCGUUUUAGAAUAUAACAAUAAACCUUAAAAAAUUAAUAUUUUACCUAAGUUAUUCAGUUAACCAUAAUGGGUGUUGAGCCUGACAUAAAUGUGUAAAAGCUCCCAUAUCAAAACACUACAAUAAUAUAAAACUGAAAGAGUUAUAGUAUGAUUGAUAACUAGAUAAACUAAACGUGGUUCGAAAAUAAGAUGUGAUGACAUACUAAGACUCUAGCGGACUAGUAGCGAGUGAAUGCGACUAGGAAGCUGUGCUUUGUUCUGGGUGAUGUUACUCUGUCUCCAACUAUCGCUUGAACGUUAACGAUGUAUUCUGUAACUACCAGCGUGGCUUAGUUCAGCAGCCAAUGACUUCAUGAAUUGAUACCACCUUUUGGUUAGACCCCCCCUAGUUUCCUUUGUACGUUGCGCGUCAUGGUGGGUGGUAGACAGAUAUAUGUAACGCAUUCCCUAACCACCUCAGCCAUUGAAAAUUCUCAGCCUAAGCAGCCGAUACGCCAUCUUUUCCUAGUGACCUCACACCUAACCUUCAUAUUGCAGACUCAAAUGUCCUACGAUUCACUGAAAGUGCUCUUUUAAUUUCAUAGAGCGUAGUUCAAUACUCUGACCCCAACGGAUUUUCCCUCUUUGUCUGAUAGAGUUCAUCGUUUAUGGUUACCAUAGACAUAGAGUUCAUCGAGACAUAGAGUCUACUGCAACUGUGCACAGACCACAACCUGUUUCUGGCUAGCACUAACCUUCGGCACAGUCAUCGCCGAUGUGCCACCUGGCGUCCUCCCUCUGCAUCCCAAGCCUGGACUCAGAUUGAUCACAUCGCGAUCAGCUACCGCUGGCGUGGUUGUGUAAAAGACUGCCGCUCCUUUUGGAGUACCUAUCUGGACUCUGACCAUGCCUUGGUCUGCGCCAAUCUUACCUUACUUUUCAGUGGACAACGAAGUGACCGCCAUCAACGGAUUGAUAUUAGCAAGCUGGUUGCAACUUCUGUUGCAAAUAAGUAUCGAACCGAGCUAGCCUCUAGGCUAGCUACCACUCCACCGAAAAGUAUGGAUGAGCAUUGGUUGCAAUUGCAUAACGCCAUGAAAAUGGCGGGAACAGUCAGUUGUGGGUUUGCGAAACGUCCCGCUUAUAAGCACUGGGUUUUUUCAGGUUCCUUACAACUCAUUGAAGCCCGUCGGUCUACUCCGGGUGACCGUGAGUUUGACCACAAACGAAGGAUGUUACGUAAGGAAAUUGGGCAAAGCUUGCUCAAGGACCAAGAAGCCUGGUGGUCGAAGCGUGCUAAUAAGCUGGAAGCAGCAGCUGCAUCUGGUAACUACCGGAAGCUCUUCCAGCUCAUCCGAGCCACUGGCAGCAAGAAGUCUGGUGUGAGUGAAACAAUCUGCGAGGAUGAUGGGAUGCCAAUCACUAACAUCCAUCGACGUCUUGGACGGUGGGCAGAAUUUUUCGAAGGGCAGUUCAACUGGCCUGCUGCUCCGGCAACAUCGGUCAGACUGUCCUGCCCUCCAUGGCCGGUGACGACUGAUCCACCAAACGAGGAGGAAGUCCGCAAGGAACUCCAACUCUUGAAACGUUACAAAUCACCUGGCCCAGAUGACUUACCUCCGGCUCUUUUUAAAGAUGGUGGUGACUUUCUGACUAAGGAAUUGACGACGUUGUUUACAAAGGUUUGGGAACUAGAGAGUGUACCAACGUCAUGGAAUGAGUCGAUA